AUGUACAACCACCCUAUCCUCUGCUCCAAUCUACAAGGCAGGAUCUGUCGGCGCGCAGCUCCAGUCAACGAGACUCUAGGGAUCAACUAUAUAAUGAAGAUUUCUUUCCCGAUCAUGGCUCUUGUUUUCGUCUCAACUACUCGGGUAUAUGGCUCUAGCGGUCAUGCCAAAGGCCGAUUUCCCCAGAACGUAUCAACGACAAAGCCGGUCGAGUCUGCCGAGCUAGGUAAUGAGCGUGCUUUUGGCAAUGGUCAAGUAGCCUAUGAGGAGGACAAUGCUGUUUCUGUUGACCUGGCCAUGGCAAUGACUGUCCAUGAUACAAAUGGGUCUCGCAUGACUAUCGAGCGUAGCGACCCGCAUCUUGCAGACAGCUGGAGGGCGUCCGCGCACGAUGCAUGCAGGUUCAAUUGUCGUCUGCCAGAACUAGCCUAG